AUGGCAGACAAGCUUCCCACAGAGUUUGAUGUGGUUAUAAUAGGGACAGGUUUGCCUGAGUCCAUUCUUGCAGCCGCAUGUUCGAGAAGUGGACAGAGAGUUCUGCAUGUUGACUCAAGAAGUUACUAUGGAGGGAAUUGGGCAAGUUUCAGCUUUACAGGUUUGCUGUCCUGGCUGAAAGACUAUCAACAGAACCAUGACAGCAAGGAAGACAUGACUGCCUCAUGGCAAGGCCUGAUCCAUGAAACGGAAGAAGUCAUCGCUCUCUGCAAGAAGGAUGAAACUAUUCAGCACACAGAAGUCUUCUGCUAUGCUAGUCAAGAUGUUGGGGACAGCACUCAAGAGACCGAUGCUCUGCAGAAAAGUCCUUCCCCAGAGGCAUCUGCUACCCAGGCUGACUCUAUGGAUUCUGCAGGCUUGCCCAAGGAAAGGCACUCAGCAUACUGUUCAAGCUAUGAAGAGAGAAGUGAUAGAGAGCCUUCACCGUCCCCAGCUGAUACAGAGGACUCACUGGAGAAAGAGAAGUACUGUGGAGAUGAAAUUCGUGUCCAUACAGUUUUGGAUGGAGAUCAAGAUGAAGACAAGCUUGACCUAGAAGACAACACUGAGCAACCAAAGAGAAACAGGAUUACUUACCCUCAAAUGAUUAAGGAGAGCCGGAGAUUUAAUAUUGACUUGGUAUCAAAGCUGCUGUAUUCUCAAGGAUCAUUGAUUGAUCUUCUAAUCAAAUCAAAUGUUAGUCGUUAUGCAGAAUUUAAGAAUGUCACUAGGAUCCUUGCGUUUCGGGAAGGGAAGGUAGAACAGGUGCCUUGCUCCAGAGCAGAUGUCUUUAAUAGUAAAGAGCUCACCAUGGUUGAAAAGAGAAAGCUAAUGAAAUUCCUCACAUUCUGUUUGGACUAUGAGCAACAUUCUGACGAAUACCAAGAUUUCCAACAAUGUUCAUUUUCUGAAUACCUAAAAACUAAAAAAUUAACACCCAAUCUCCAGCAUUUCAUACUACACUCAAUUGCAAUGACAUCAGAGUCAUCCUGCACUACAUUAGAUGGCCUUAAAGCAACAAAAAACUUCCUUCAGUGUCUUGGACGUUUUGGCAACACUCCUUUUAUAUUUCCUUUAUAUGGCCAAGGAGAAAUUCCUCAGUGUUUCUGCAGGAUGUGCGCGGUUUUUGGUGGAAUCUAUUGUCUUCGCCAUCAAGUACAAUGCCUCAUAGUUGAUAAAGACUCUGGGAGGUGUAAAGGAAUCAUAGACCACUUUGGUCAGAGAAUAAGUGCCAGCUAUUUUAUUGUGGAGGACAGUUACCUUUCUAAGGACACAUGUUCAAAUGUGCAGUAUAAGCAGAUCUCGAGAGCUGUGCUCAUCACAGAUGAGUCCAUCCUGAAGACGGACUCAGACCAGCAGAUUUCCAUCCUGAUAGUGCCUCCACUAGAGCCAGGAACUGGUUCCAUUCGGGUCAUGGAGCUAUGCUCAUCAACCAUGACGUGCAUGAAAGGCAGCUAUCUGGUCCACCUGACCUGUUUCUCUUCAAAAACAGCCAGAGAAGACUUGGAACCAGUGGUGAAGCAGUUAUUCAUUCCUUUUGCCGAAGCAGAAGCAGAAGCAGACAAGGAAGAACUCAGAAAACCAAGACUCUUGUGGGCUCUCUAUUUUAAUAUGAGAGAUUCCUCAGGAGUAAGCCGAAGCUCAUACUGUGGCUUACCUUCCAAUGUGUAUACCUGCUCUGGGCCGGACUGUGGACUGGGGAAUGAGCAUGCUGUCAAGCAAGCAGAAACACUCUUCCAGGAGAUCUUUCCCAGCGAAGAGUUCUGCCCUCCUCCACCAAAUCCGGAAGACAUUAUCUUUGAAGGUGAGGGUUAGCAACCAGACACUCCUGGAGGCAGUAAUACACUUACCACCAAGCUAGACACCCUAAGGACAACAAGAACUUGUAGAGCCCAGAACACCUUCGAAAUGAAAACAGACUGGAAGUAUUUUCAUCCUUGCUUCAAAAUAUUGUCAUUUAAAAGACAGUUGCCAUUUGUGAUAAGUGCUGUUUACUUGGCUUCAACACUGAGACACUGGGUAUCAAAUAGCUCUGCUAAUCUGUCAGCAUCUGAUUUGUUGGUGACUCAGCUUCUUUGUUUCAGAAUUGGCUCCAGGAAUCCAGAAUCUUUGAAUGUCAUUAGCUUUUUUUUUUUUUUUUUUAACUUUUGGGUCCCACAUUAGCAACCUUGCUUACCUUAAGGUAAUAUCACACUUGCCCCUGUGUUCAGAUUGUAUCUUUGUCUACACAAAAUUAACAUCCAAGAACUAUUUUAGUUCCUGCUGCAGCUACUACUGUUGCUACCACCUCGGUUGCACAGAGGAACACAUAUAUCAGAAACUGUCUGAGGUUUUUAUAUAGUACAUAAACACAUAGAGCUGAUAGUAGGAGUAGCAGCAAAUACAAGUGCUAAUGUGAUAAAAACACAACUGUCUGUUAGACACUAGGCCAUGCAUGAUCCUGUGUCUUGGGGUUGAUAUUUACAUGUGAUUUUACCUACUUGACCUUCGUAACUAAGGAGGCAGUGAGACUACCUUAGCCUGCUUCUUCAUAAAAAGAGUGAGUGCCCCUUAGUAGUUGAAGAAGCUCAUAUAUUAGAGAUACAUUGCCAUCUGGGCAUGGUGGCUUACUUACACAAUCCUAUCAUUGAGGAGAUUGAGACAGGAGGAUUGCUGUAAAGUCCAGGCCAGUCUGGACUAUAGUGUUAAGACUCAUUUCAAAACAGAAUAACCUCCCCACGCCCACCAGAAAAAGAAGUAUAUUAUAAAGAAAAUUAAAAAGACAAAAUUUAUUCAGAAAAUUUCUAUAGAGCUGACACUGACAUUUAAAAGAACUAACAAUUAACUCAGGCUAACAUAAAUUAAUAAAUUACCCUAGAAAAAGGUACUUCAGGAUAGGUGUUUGGAAAUUUCCAGAAAUGAUUUCCCAAGGGGAAGUAGUGGUGCAUCUUAACGUGGGAUUCUAGAUGCCUUUAAAGUUACAGACUUCCCUGUCCAGGGUUCUCAGGGUGAAGCGUGACACCUGGUUGGCUGUACUACUUUAGUAAGCACUGGUAACUGACAGAGUGCAUCUCCUCUACUACAUGUCUGUUAGCUGGAGAAUGGGAAGCUUUCCCUCCAGAACCACCUGCUGCACCUCAGCAGUGAAAGCCCUUUACUGUGAGAAGAGGCGCAAUGUGUUAGGAGACUAAGGGGUGCUCUGAAUAUCCUCCUACUGCCCUGUAGUGAGGAAAGUGAGACGAGACAUGUAAAUCAGUGCCUGUGCUGAGAAUAGAAAGCCAUGCAUUGGUCUUGGUGGUGCUGUUUUUAAUAUGAUAAACCCAUAAUACUGGGUUAAAUACAGCCGAACAACUGAAAUUCCUGAAAUGACCGAAAAGUAGCAAUUAAGAGAAAACAAUUCUAAGACAGGUAAAAUGGAAGGGAGUAAGUAUUGCAGACCCACCUCAUCAAGUUUGUCAGAACCACAGUCUAUUCAAAAGACGUUAAAAAGAGGCACAGAGGUUCCAAAGACAGCUGAAUGUAAUGGCAAUCAGGAUUAGGCUAGGCCAAAGCAGGGGUUUCAUUGCUUUUUUCUAAAGUAAGGAAGUGAAUGUGUUACUUUAAAUCAGCAUAAAACAGUAAGUGGAAGUGAGGCAGGCAAGCAAAACGUGUUUGAAAAAAUACAAGGGACGUGAUCUCAUUUCUAACAAGUUAGAGUGGGCUUCUUGGGGGUUUUCAGGGGUUUAAGAAGUAAAAUUAUAAAUGCUGCCUUUCACUAAUUAUAUUUUGACUCAAUUAGGGCUCCAUACUAAAAGUCAGACAAAAUCUUUCACUCUGGCUAGAUGAAAGCUGUAGAGUAAAAUGUUGACCAAAGAGGUAACAGCCAACAGAAACAAUUACUUACAGCGACUCAGGAUGAGAAGGCUUGUGUUCAACAGAGUAGCCAUACAUCAACAUGAACAGAACAAGUGAUAAGAACCCAUACUAUUAACCGCACUAACUGAACAUUUUCAUUUGGUUUAAUCAUAUUUACUAAUGAUUUUGUGAGCUUUUCAUAACAUGAUAAGCAACUACUUAAAAACUUAACUUGAAUUUAUAUUGGGAAAGCAUGUAUGAACCAUUUCUUAAACAGAAAUGAACAGCUUUGGUACUAAUUUUAUCUGUAUAUGGCUGAAAAAUUGUCACUGGAAUAAAAAUACAAAGUAAAGAUGUAGAAAGAAACCAGUGCAAAUAUAUUCUAUUUCCAUGGCUUUAUAACUCACUAAACCUGUAUUACCAUAUAAAUAUACUAUGAACAGAAGAUAAUUUCACAAGUUGCAAGAUACAUAGUUUUUUGAAAUCUCAUUUCUAGAUUCUAAUAGUAAUGGAAUUUUUAAAAGUAUUGAUAUUAAUAUAUAUGAGCAUCUUUAUAAAAUGUUUGUAGCUAUAGUAAUUUAAGAAAGAUUCUUAAAUAGGUUGAAUGAAGGAGCUAAAUUUAAAAUACGAUAUGCGAUCAUUAGAGAUGUCUUGAAGGAAAUGAUAUAAACACAGGGAGACCUCACAUUUAUUACUAGUUGUCUGAUCUCAAGGCAGUCACUUUGAACUUCCAUUUACCAUCUAUGAAAUAGAAAUAAUAAGUAUUAUUCUUCUUUGCAGAAUUACAUAAGAACCCAUAUCCAAAGUAAUGCCAGCAUGUGACAUUUGUGUGUAACUGAUAUUUAUUACAAUAUCAUUUGUGAUGUCAACCUUAUACUUUCUGUAAUUUAAGAGAAUUGUGAUAAAAAUGACACAGGAAAGUAAGCAAGGAAAGGCAGCUUCCGUUUUAGAAGGGAAAAAUAUGGGGCUUUGUCCUUCAAGUCCUUAAGGCAUGAUAUACAACCUGUCUAAAUGUUCUGUGGUGCUGAGUUCAGGGAAGUUCAGACUGACCAGCUAUCUGGAAAGAAGUAUUUGGAAGCCACUCUUAGGAAGACUGGGUCAGUAUGGAGAAAGGUUUCUAUGGCCACUUUCUAUCCAAUAAUGCAGUUUAUUUGUUAAUUAAAAUGUUAAGCAUAAAAGUAAUAAGUAUAGUUUUUACCUCAUUUAACGAUGCCAAGGAAUAUUCUGGCAGGUAAACAGUGACAAGGUAGAUCAACUAAAAUUAAAAUGCAGAAAUAGAUACAAAACAAGGAGAGAAGGUGGAAUAAAAAAGCAGUUUCUAUUGCUGAGGUCUUUUUAAAAAAAAUUUAUUAUUGUAUUUUAUUUUUUGGUUUUUCGAGACAGAGUUUCUGUAUGUAUCCCUGGCUGUCUUGGAACUUGCUUUGUAGACCAGGCUGGCCUCGAAUUCCUGAGUGCUGGGAUUAAAGUGCAUGUACCACCACUGCCGGGCUUGUUUAUGUAUUUAUUUAUUUUAGUGGGUGCAAAUUCUUUAGACUUUCUACUCUUCUUGUGCAGAGUAUAAAUUGAUAGGUUGCAAAUGGGGAAAAAGAAAUAAAAAUAAAUUCCUUGAUCCUCAAAUUAAUGUGCAUUAAAAUAGAAAUUAAAGCAACUUUGACUGAGUCCCUACCAUUAAGUGGAUUUUCAAUGCAUAAGUCUUCAUACAGCAGCCGCAUGUAUUCGUGGUCAUUUUGAAGAACUAGUUAAGAGAUUAACCAGAUCUCUAUAACUGAUGUUUUUGACAUUGCUUUGAGUGGUCCAUGCCCAGGAAAAUACUCAGAAUGGACAAAUCAAUAAAGCAACUUCUAAAAAGAUGUUUUAGCAAUUCCUUUGUACUUGUUUUAAAAACCUGCUGAAUAAGAAAUAGAUACAUUUUGGUGUGUUGCUAGUGCUAUAGUAACCUUACAGAGAGUUAAAUGGCAUAUGUAAGAUUGUAUGUAAACAGUUUGAGAGUCAAAAAGAUGUUAGUUUACAACAAAUUGUUGCGUGCUGGUUACAUUUGUAUAAAAAUUUAGAUUUCUACACUGGAAGGAAUCAGAAGGCAUGUAAUUGCAGGUUAAUACUUAAUCUCUGUUUCUGUAAAAUAUUGGUGUGUACAAUAAAAAUAAAAGAUUAAUUGGUGAAA